UGCAGUCGCCACUAAGCAAACUGAAACACUUGAAAGAUGUCGGACGCUCUCUGCAGUCGGCGGCAGAAACAAGUAGUUCUCUCCGAGUCUGUUGAUUUAGAUUGUGUCAUUGUCGAAAUCCUGUCACGGCUACCGGCCAAAUCUUUACUCCGAUUCCGGUGUGUGUGCAAAGCGUGGCGGGCCUUGAUCUCCGACCCUUAUUUCAUCAGAAAACACCUCAGCUGCAUCAACACCAAAAUCAGCACCAGCUACUCUCUCCUUAUCAGAGAUGAAAUUUUCCAAUCCACAGAGUACGAAGCAAUAUUGAAGUUUUUGAGCCAUGAUGGUCGUGUUCCAUGCAGAAGGCUUGAUUUUCCGGUACUUGAUCGACUGGUUAUUAUUAAAAGGAUUUUAAUAGUUGGCAGUUGCAAUGGCUUGAUAUGUCUAAUACUUGAUUAUCAUCAUUUUCUAAUGGAAGAAUCCUUUACCUUUAUGUUAUGGAAUCCUUGUACCGGAGAAUACCGGGUCCUACCAAAGCCUCCCGUUCAUUCCUCCCGAGAAUGUUUUUUCGGGUUCGGUUAUGAUUCAACCACUGAUGAUUACAAAGUAAUACUGGGUAGCUAUUUAUCUGGUUAUGAAUAUGUUGUUGUCUUUAUGCUCAAAAGGGGUUCAUGGAGGAAGAUUGAAAGGCUCAACAGGUACUUCGGGGUGAGGAGGGUAGGGUGUUUAGUUAACGAAACUCUGCAUUGGGUAUUGAAGGAAGAGGAAGACGGUAGGUUAAUUACUUCAAGGAUAGUGUCAUUUGAUUUAGCGGAGGAGAAAUUUCAUGAGAUUCCCUUUCCCCAUCCUCCCAAUCCAAAUGGGUUUUUGAUUGCUGAAGUUGGAAAUCCUUGUAAUUGCUUAACUCUAGUCUUUCAAACCGUGUAUAGUGAUGUUGAGGGCACUUUAAAGAUGUGGGUUAUGAAGGAGUAUGGAGUCAAGGAAUCUUGGACUGAAAUCGUAAACAUCUCUCCAGAGGUUAUGGAUGAAGAUGAAAACAUCCCUUUAGAGUUUAUGUAUGAUGGUGAACCGUAUACAUACAUGGCAUGCAUUUCUGAUAAUGGCGAGAUUUUGAUGCAGCUGGAACCUAUAGGCGCCUUGGCAUUAUAUAACCCGAGGGAAAAGAAAUAUAGGACUGUCAUGGACUAUCCUGAUUACAUGUAUGAAACUGUUCCUUAUAUAGAAACUUUAGUUUCACCAUUAACCGGCAGUACUGGCGCAACCGUGUGAGACCAACGCAGCGACUUCCCUUCACUGCACUCCUUUUGUUUGAUAUGCAGAAGUCGUAUGCUGCAUUUAUGUUUUGCUCCUUCUGCAUGAGAUGCUGAAGUCAUAUGUCACAUAUAGGUUUUGCCCUUGCUCACUCAAUAUCUUCUAAUCCAAGGAUUGUUAGAGUUAGAGGUAGUCAGGUGUGCCACUUUUAUGAUUCAUGUUCUAUCUCAACUGUCUGUAUUCGAGUCAUUACUGCUGAGGUGAAAACUGAAACUGAUCAGUACUCUUUAGAUUAAAUCUAACUUUUGCUGUAAAGAUGACUCGCAUUGGUAAAACUUUUGUAUGCAAUAUGCCUUUGCCUCUUUGUGUUGGGAUAUUAUCUUGCUUUUAGCAUAAAUGCUACUCAAAUUUCCUGUUCUACUUGCCCCUAAUUUUUGGUGCAACUGCAUGACUUUUCAGAAUGCGGCCUGGUAAUCUUCGUUUAUGUUUUGAUCUAUAUUAAUAAGAAAAAGAUACUCAUUCCCCUAUAUUGCAAAUCACUUUGCUUAUUUCUUCCCUAACUUUCUCUCUCCUGUUUUUUUUGGGUUUCACUUUUAAUCUUGCUAGUUUAUAGCUAUUACUAGACAGACUGCAGGUGCAUAUAAUAUUUGCAUCUAAUUCUAUGGUAAGAUGAUGUGCUUGUCCUUCUCACACUAUGUUUUAACAAUAAUCAUGUCAAUUCAAGCAGGUAGUCUUCAAGAGCGUUGAUAUGUAUUAACCUCCUCCACAUAGAAGCAUAUUUAGUAGUAUGUCAAAUCUAUUUAUUUGAUCCCAUUUCUAAACCCUACUAUUUGGUUCAGCUGCAUAUAUUGGGGAGUUUGACAUGCUAAAAAUUUCAUAAGCAUGAUUUAGUUAUCUUGUGUUUGCAAGGGCAUAGUGUGAUGAAUAGAUACAUUUCUACUUUAGAAUUUUGACAUGGAUUAUACAUAUUUAAGCUGUCUUUUGAUUUUGAUGCUGUCUACAGUUGGAAACUUGGAAUUUAAAUGCUCUGAGUAAAGUCAAAAGUGUGAUCAUGAUUUCCUAGGAUUUCAUUCACAGAUUAUGUCGCUAGUCUUUUGCACCUGGAAUACUAUAUGCAGUGGAUACUCCGAGCUGACAUGGAUUAUACAUAUUUAAGCUGUCUACAGUUGGAAACUUGGAAUUUAAAUGCUCUUAGUAAAGUCAAAAGUUUGAUCGUGAUUUCCUAGGAUUUCAUUCACAGGUUAUGUCGCUAGUCUUUUGCACCUGGAAUACUAUAUGCAGUGGAUACUCCGAGCUUCAUGGAAGAAUCUAGGGUCAUGCCUGCUAAUUAAACUAGGUUCUGAUACUAGUUUUCUGUUCCUGCAAUUGACCGUUGAUUGUGGUGGCCAUAUCUUAUGUUAGAAAUCUAGAAUAUUGAAGCUACAUAGUUUCCUGGCACAAUCGUUUCGGUUCAUUUCCUUAUUCAAGAUCUAGCCUCUUUUGUUCAUAAAAAGUUUUGGUCUCUGUUACCUGAUUUCUACUGGUAUCUCUUACACCUUCUUCUGUUUUGAUGCGAUUGAUACCUGUCUCUCAAAGUCAUACUUCUGAACUAUUUUUAUGUCUCCACUUUGUCUGUGUAUUUUUGUUAGAUGAUACUUGGAAUAAAGCACUUGUUUAUUACUUGCUCAAGAAUUGCCGCCUUCUUCUCGGAAGAAUACUUAAUCCAGGUCACUGUUGCAGCAACUUGUUUUGUGAUAAACAGUCUUGAUCUUUCCUCGGCCACUUUGUUUCAAUGAAGUUACGAGUUAAACAUAACUCAUUGUCAGAUUUGUUGGUAAGUUACUAUGUGCCGUUAAGCAUAUCCAGGUAUUGAAUGAGCUCUGGUUAGGUUUGGUGUGAUCUGGGUGUCCCAUGGUUGGUUCAGACUUCAUAGGCCACUUGAAAUUGCAUGAGUGGAAAAUUGAGCAAGAUGUGCCUUUGCUUCAAAAACGAUCAACUCAGCCAGCUAGGAUGUCUAAGGAGGAUGUAUAUCUUGAAGCAUCGAGUGAAGGCAGUGUGGCAGUUGAGUACAACAGAGUUGGUGUACAGUUGGAGAAAAAAAAUAGACAUUUCAUAUCAUCGGAGACUUCUGAUAAAGAGUCCCAUCGAGUUCCUGGGCGGCGGCAAAGGUAUAAAAAUCAA